AUGCCUUCACUUUUGAAUUGCGUGGCCCUCUUGGCCGCGGCCAGCUGCACUGUUGCCCUCGCCAUCGAACAGCCCCGACAUGCCACAUCGUCCAGCACCGGCAGCUGUCGCAAGACGAAGGUCGCCGUGCUCGGUGCAGGCGUGGCCGGCAUCACGGCCGCUCAGGCGCUGGCCAAUGCAUCGGUCACCGAUUUCUUGCUCGUCGACCGCAACGACUACAUCGGCGGCCGCGUUGCGCACACGACGUUUGGCACAAAGGCCGACAACUCGUCGUACACCGUCGAGCUCGGCGCCAACUGGGUCCAGGGUCUCGGCUCGCCAGGCGGGCCCGAGAACCCCAUUUGGACUCUGGCCAAGCGCUACGGGCUCAACAACACCUACUCCAACUACAGCUCCCUGCUGACCUACGACCACACCGGGUCUGUCGACUACACGGACGUCAUGGACGCGUACGAUGCGGCGUACGAGGUGGCCGCCGCCGAUGCGGGCGUACUGCUCACCGACAACUUGCAGGACACGAGUGCCCGCGUCGGGUUCAGCCUGGCCGACUGGAAGCCCAAAAAGGACAUGCACGCGCAGGCGGUCGAGUUCUGGAACUGGGACUGGGAGACGGCGUAUGCGCCCGAGGACUGCAGCUUCGUGUUUGGCGUGUCGGGCAACAACCUGACCUUUAACCAGUUCAGCGACGAGAACAACUACGUCUGGGACCAGCGCGGUUUCAACACCUUUCUGUAUGGCGAAGCCAGCACGUUCCUCGUCGAAAACGACCCACGCCUGCUGCUGUCCACCACGGUCACCAACAUCACCUACUCUGAUUCUGGCGUUACAGUCGUCCUCGAGGACGGCGGCUGCAUUGAGGCCGACCACGCCAUCUGCACCUUCUCGCUCGGUGUCCUGCAAAAUGACGUCGUCGACUUUGAGCCGCCGCUGCCGCGCUGGAAAGUGGACGCCAUCGAGUCCUUUGAGAUGGGCACCUACACAAAAAUCUUCUUGCAGUUCAACGAGACAUUUUGGGACGAGGACGUCCAGUACUUUUUGUAUGCCGACCCCCAGGUGCGCGGCUACUACCCGGUGUGGCAGUCGCUCGACGACCCCGGUUUCUUGGAGGGCUCGCACAUUCUGUUUGCGACGGUCGUGGGCGCUGAGUCAUACCGUGUCGAGCAGCAGGACGAUCAAGUCACGCUGGCCGAGAGCAUGGCGGUUCUGCGCAGCAUGUUCCCCGACAUUGACGUCCCCGACCCGCUGGCCAUCCUCUACCCGCGCUGGAGUCUGGAAGAGUGGGCGUUUGGCUCGUACAGCAACUGGCCCGUCGGCAUGACCCUCGAGAAGCACCAGAACCUCCGCGCCAACGUCGGCCAUCUCUGGUUUGCUGGUGAGGCCAACUCGGCCGAGUACUUUGGCUUCCUACACGGCGCCUGGUUCGAGGGCCGCGAGGUCGGCCAGCGCGUGGCGGCUGCACUCCAGAACAAGACGGGCGGACACGGCCAUCACAAUGCGUCGUGGAACAUGGCCCGGUACGAAGUCCUGCAUGGCACCACCAACCUCAACGAGUACAACUACUACAACGGCUGGCCUGUCAGCAGUUUUGUGGACUACGACACGAGCUCGAACUAG